AGCAGCUCUGUCUCUCUCAGCACUUGUCUCCUCAGUCAAGGAGAAACUAAUUGGAGGAAAGAAUAGAAGAAAGGAGCUGUUGGAAAACUAAACGAACCAAAACUUUACUUCUUUACAGCAUGCCACAGAAAGAUUUCAGAAGUCAAACAAGCUGGGAAACUGGUGUGGCCUCCAUGAUGCAAAACAGUCACAGUGGAGUAAACCAGCUGGGAGGUGUGUUUGUGAACGGGAGACCUUUACCUGAUUCUACAAGGCAGAAGAUAGUGGAGCUGGCACAUAGUGGAGCUCGACCCUGUGACAUAUCCAGAAUACUACAGGUGUCUAACGGCUGUGUAAGUAAGAUCUUGGGCAGGUAUUACGAGACAGGCUCAAUCCGUCCUCGGGCCAUAGGAGGGAGUAAACCCAGGGUGGCCACUCCAGAGGUGGUGGGAAAGAUUGCUCAGUACAAGAGAGAGUGUCCGUCUAUUUUCGCCUGGGAGAUCAGAGACCGACUGCUGGCAGAGGGAGUCUGCACCAACGACAAUAUACCCAGCGUUUCAUCAAUAAAUCGAGUGCUCAGGAACCUGGCCAGUGACAAGCAGCAAAUGGGAACAGUGGGAGCUGAGGGGAUGUUUGACAAACUCAAGAUGCUCAAUGGACAAACCACCUGGGGAGGACGCUCAGGGUGGUACGCUGGGACUACACUCACUAACACUGAGUGUCCACAGACAGAGGGAGGGGAAAACACCAUAUCAGUUAGCUCCAAUGGUGAAGACUCAGAGGAGACUCAGAUGAGGCUUCAGCUGAAGAGGAAACUGCAGAGAAACAGAACGUCUUUCACACAGGACCAGAUAGAGGCACUGGAGAAAGAGUUUGAAAGGACUCACUAUCCAGAUGUGUUUGCCCGAGAACGUCUUGCCAACAAAAUAGACCUCCCUGAGGCAAGAAUACAGGUUUGGUUUUCCAACAGACGAGCGAAGUGGAGAAGAGAAGAGAAGCUGAGAAAUCAGCGUCGACAGGUGUCCAGCUCCUCCAACCACAUUCCCAUAAGCAGCAGCUUCAACACCAGUGUUUACCAGCCUAUACCACAACCUACUACUCCAGUGUCCUUCUCAUCUGGAUCCAUGUUGGGAAGGUCAGACCCAGUUCUGUCCAAUAGCUACAGUCUACCAGCCAUGCCCAGCUUCAGUAUGGCUGCCAGCCUGCCUAUGCAAGCAUCCAGUCAGACCUCUUAUUCCUGCAUGCUGCCCACCAGCCCCACUGUAAAUGGAAGAAGUUAUGAGACAUAUACUCCUCCACACAUGCAGCCACACAUCAACAGCCAGUCAAUGACAUCCUCUGCAGCGUCGUCAACAGGUCUGAUUUCCCCUGGUGUCUCAGUUCCAGUCCAAGUUCCAGGAAAUGAAGCAGACAUGUCACAGUACUGGCCACGCCUGCAGUGAUGUCAUUUUUCACGGCAACUGUUUUUACCUGCAGUGAUCACCAGCACUGCUGCAACUGGACUGAAUGGGACAUAAAGUGACCUAUUCCUACUUAACAGCUUGAAUGUCAAAAAGGACCUGUCAGUGACUGAAACAGACUGCACCUCAGCAAAUGGAGACGAAGGAAUUACUCUCAUUAAUGUUUGUGAGAAGAUGUUCAAACCAAAUUCUUGAGACAAGGAGGACAGAAGUUUGAGCACUCCUCUGAUUUAAGGAUUUUAAUAUACAGAGAGUUCUGUCUCCACAUCAUCUCCAGCGGUAAUUCAAAGUCUGGUUGGUGGAGACACUUUGGCACAAGCCCAGAAUGAAAAGCACUAGCCUGAGCUGUACUCAGGAUGCUCAGGAAGGUUGCCCAUCCUUUGGUAACACUAAACUCCAGACAGGAAUAAACUGCUCAGUGUCCAUUUGGACAUUCUGUGCAGACAUAUUACCUCCACUUUCAGUUCCUAAUUUAUAUGUUGGUGUAUUUGUAGCAAAAAUAUGUUGACUGAAACAUAAAGGGAAGAACUUAAAUGAACUAUCUGCUGUGAAUUUGUUUGAUCAGCAGAUUCUGAAAUCUCCGGCCUGGAGUAUGUGUAUAGAAUUUCAGAAUGUGGAUUCUGGUGAUAUGUGUUUGGUAUUGUAAAAAC